AUGGGGAAUUACUCAGCUGUGACCGAAUUUUUUCUGGUGGGACUUUCCCAAUACCCAGAACUGCAGUUUUGUCUGUUCGUGCUCUGCCUCAUCAUGUACAUGAUAAUCCUCCUGGGAAAUAGCCUCCUAAUUAUCAUCAGCAUUUUGGAUUCUCGCCUCCAAACCCCCAUGUACUUCUUCCUUGGGAAUCUCUCAUUCUUGGACAUCUGUUACACAUCAUCGUCCAUUCUCUCAAUGCUUGUUAUGUUUGUGUCUGAGAGAAAAUCCAUCUCCUUCAUUGGCUGUGCUCUACAGAUGGUUGUCUCCCUUGGGUUGGGCUCCACUGAAUGUGUCCUCCUGGCUGUGAUGGCCUAUGAUCGGUAUGUGGCCAUCUGCAACCCACUGAGGUACCCCCUCAUCAUGAACAGGGUGCUAUAUGUACACAUGGCUGCAUGGUCUUGGAUCACAGGUACUCUGAACUCCUUAGUGCAAACAGCCUUGAUAAUGGUCUUGACUUUCUGUGGGAAUAAUGUUAUAGACCAUCUUACCUGUGAGAUCCUGGCCCUUCUUAAACUCAUCUGCUCAGAUAUCACCAUCAAUGUGCUUAUCAUGACAGUGGCAAGUAUUGUUCUAUUGAUGAUCCCUCUGCUGCUAAUUUUCAUCUCCUAUGUUUUCAUCCUCUCUUCCAUCCUGAGAAUUAAUUCUGCCCAGGGGAGAAAGAAAGCCUUUUCUACCUGUUCAGCCCACCUGACUGUGGUCAUCUUAUUCUAUGGUUCAGCCCUUUUUAUGUAUAUGAAGCCCAAGUCAAAGGACACAAAAGCAUCUGAUGAGAUCAUUGGACUGUCUUAUGGAGUGGUAACUCCAAUGUUGAACCCCAUCAUCUACAGCCUGAGGAAUAAGGAGGUGAAAGAAGCCAUGAAGAAAGUCCUGAGCAGACACUUGCAUCAAUGGAAAAGUGAAAGGACUUGAGGCAUUGAUAUCCUCAAUGUGAGACCAGAUCAGAUCUUUUG